AGUCCGCGACGCAGCUGUUCACGCUUUGGUGGGCGAGGUGGGCGCAGGUAGGCGCGUGGGGCAGCAGCGGGGUGGCGGGCGGGUUAGGACGCCGAGGAGACUCAGAGCCCCGGGGCGGGCUCCCGCGGGGCUCCGCCCCCUCCACGUGGGUGCGCGGUGGCCUGGCGCGGCGCGAGCGGGCGGCGGCCCUGGAGUCCGCGGUGAUGGGGAGGCUGGUGCGGCCGGUACGUCCCGGCGCGGGCUCCGACACCCGCACCCGCCCUGGGUUAACUCAGCGCGGGCGAGCGGAAGGGACUUAGCGAGCUCCUAGGUUUCAGGCCGUCAGCGCUUGCAGUGGCUCUGGUUUCAUUGCCUUCCUCUGAAGACGCCCUGAUUGCCCUCCGAGGCUUUCAGCUCCCACUUUCUCUCUUUUUUUAUUUUUGAGGCAGUGUCUCGGUGUGUCAUCCAGGCUGGAGUGCAGUGGCGUGAUCAUAGCUCACUGCGGCCUCCACCUCCUGGGCUCAAGUCGUCCUCCCGCCUCAUCCUCCCGAGUGGCUGGGACCACAUGCGCGCGCCACCACACCCGGAUAAUUUUUGAAAAUGUUUUUUGUAGAAAUGGGGUCUCACCAUGUUACCCAGGCUGGUCUCGAAUUCUUGGGCUCAAGCGAUGGAUCCUCCCGCCUCGGCCUCACAAAGUGCUGGGAUUACAGGAGUGAGCCAACGCGCCCGGCCUCACUUUCCAUCAUAAGCAUGCUUUCCAUUUCCUCCCUUCCAUCAUUCAUUCAUUCAUUCAUUCAUUCAUUUUUAAAAAACGUUCAUUGGAUUCCUCCUGCACUGUUCGGGGCAUUGGGCUACAGCUGUCAACAAGUGGAGACAAGUCUGUGAUCUAGUGAACUUCCAUUCUGGAGGGGAGAGACAGAUGAACAAGGUGCACAGAGCAGGUGAUGGAUGGCAAAACAGAAGAGAAAAGUUCCUGAAGUGACAGAGAAAAAGAACAAAAAGCUGAAAAAGGCGUCAGCAGAGGGGCCACUGCUGGGCCCUGAGGCUGCACCAAAUGGCGAAGGAGCUAGCUCCAAGGGAGAAGCUGUGCUCAGGCCCGGGCCGGACGCAGAGCCGGAGCUGUCCCCAGAGGAGCAGAGGGUCCUGGAAAGGAAGCUGAAAAAGGAACGGAAGAAAGAGGAGAGGCAGCGUCUGCGGGAGGCAGGCCUUGUGGCCCAGCACCCGCCUGCCAGGCACUCGGGGGCCGAGCUGGCCCUGGACUACCUCUGCGGAUGGGCCCAAAAGCACAAGAACUGGAGGUUUCAGAAGACGAGGCAGACGUGGCUCCUGCUCCACAUGUAUGACAGUGACAAGGUUCCCGAUGAGCACUUCUCCACCCUGCUGGCCUACCUGGAGGGGCUGCAGGGCCGGGCCCGAGAGCUGACGGUGCAGAAGGCAGAAGCUCUGAUGCGGGAGCUGGACGAGGAGGGCUCCGAUCCCUCCCUGCUGGGGAGGGCCCAGCGCAUCCGGCAGGUGCUGCAGCUGCUCUCCUAGCGGGUUCAGUGCAGGGCGGGGCCACUGCCCAGCGCAGGGCGGCCUCAGACCACACGGGGUGCAGCUCCUCCGGCGGUGGGGGCCGGGAUCACCAGCAGGGCAGCGGCCGAGCAAGGGCUUUCAGCUCCUCUGGUGGCGUGGGCCGGGAUCACCAGCACCAGAGCCUCGCAAGGGCCCCUUCUGUCCUCCAGACCCUCCUUGGCCGGUGACGGCUGUGACAGUGAUGGCAGGUUCAGUGCCUUCAGCGCAGAAUGUGGACGCUCUGGAAUCACCCGGACCCCUGGCCUUGGAGGGGCCCUCGAGCCCCAGGAAUCUGCUUUGGAGGGAAAUGUCUAUUUUUCUACCAGGAAUAUUUUAGAGAUUGGGCCACGCUGGCUCCUCCCACCAGCUGCAAACCUGCACCUUCCGCCUGAUUCCCCAUCCCCCUGCGUGGGCCUCAUUCCUGGUCCCCUGCCUGCGUCCAUCGAGGGGCCUGGCUGUGGCCUGUUUUCCUUUGACCCCACACAGCGUCAUAGCAGGUCAUGGGGAGCCCCUGCUGGGGGCUUGUGGAGUCGGAUACCGUCUCUGUGGCUGCAUUUGAAAUAAAACCCAACCCACCAGUGGCCGUGGGUCCUGCUC